AUGACUGAGCAACUCCCCCCGUAUACUACGCUUCCACAGCCAGAGCCCGAACCACCGCAGUAUACUCUUCCAGAGACAUUCAACAUCGGACGAUGCAACACGCAGCACCUCGUCCGCCCAGAUCAGCUCAAGGCCAUCUUCAGCUUCUGGCAGCGAUUAGAGUCGGACAGUGAGAAACGUUGGGUAUGGUUCGUCAAUUUGGCCGUUGAACGGUUCGAGAGGUGGUGUUUGACAAUCAAGCAAUCUGAUACAGUAGAGCAACGACUGCCUCCCAUUGAUGUCACCAUGGUGUGGCACUCCUAUCUCCUGAAUCCGAGGCAAGCAUACACCGCGCGGAUCUCCAAGCUCAAACCUCUCGCUCAUUUCACUGAUUACUUUCCUAACCUCCUCGUCAACCAUGAUCUACUAACCACUGACGCACCACAACAUGAACCGUUCUUGCAGCCGAACGGGAAGGGAUAUGCCCAGAGCAACUUUAGUGUCGAGUGUGAAUGUGCUCAACCAAUUACGAAGGAACUUCUCGGGCUAUACAAGUUUGCGAAAAACAUAGUUGAACCAACAGCGCCUGAUACAUAUCUGGCUGCAACUCUACAUACACCACGUAACAUCUACGACACUGGGCGCGGAGACACGAUCAAGAAGCGCGUCCUCAGCUCGUAUAUCAUUUUCCAGAAUAACGAGGCAAGUGAUCCCGUGCGCCAGAUCUUGAUAAACGUCCAGUAUGACGCUGCGCGCAUGCGUACCGUACUGAACAAGCAUUUGAAGCCAAGAUUGGUGUUUUCACUCGAUUUGGUCGGUGCUGUCCUCCGACAAGCAUCGUUUGUGAAGAAGAUGGUCAACCUUGGGUGGACCGAGCCAGGAUAUUUUGCUAGCGAGGUAGAUACAGUGGCGCUGCAGCAUUGCAUAGCUCGGUAUCACGCUCCUCCUGCCUCGUUCUUCGUGCCCACGCUCGACAUCGAUCUCGGGUGGCAUACCCAUCAACUCAUGGCGAGUCAGUAUCAAAAUGACUGCCUCUCGCUCGUGGGACGAUAUGUUAAUCAUGAUGACAAAGUGGAAGAAGGUCAACUUGCGACCUCCUUCGACAUUACCUGUCGUGCUUGGAACGACCGUUAUCGCGUACCCUACAUGCACUGCGGGUGUCCACUGCCAGGAGACACAAUCGGCCAAAAGCUCCGACGCCUCGUCUCCUCUCAAACCACCAGCAACGUGCUUUUACUCCCUCCCAAAUCUGACGCACGUGCUGCUACGCACCCAAGUGAUCACAACGCCGUGUUUGCCCUGCACAAUAUGUCCGCAAGCCUGCGUCAACGGAAGAACCGUGCACGCAAGGCAGAGAUCCGGAGACUGCGUGCAGAGCGGAACGGGAGGGCUGUGAAGAGGGAUGGGGAUGUUGAUCAUGGGAUUGCAUUUUUGUAUCCUGUGCCGAUGUUCUAUUACUACGCUGGUGGAUGCGUUGCUGCUGCUGGAGCGGUGGUGAAUGGAGGUUUGGGGUGUGCAGCGGUGAGGAUGCUGAUAUCAGGUUUACAGGGGGCAGGCGGCUGCUCGAUUGGUGCUGGUGGUUGUGGGACGGGAUGUGGUGGUGGCUGUGGAGGCGGGGGUUGUGGAGGCGGGAAUGUUUUUGGAGGCGGAGGCGGGGGUGGUUGUGGAGGCGGAGGCGGUUGUGGAGGUGGAGGCGGUUGUGGAGGCGGGGGCGGAGGCGGCUGUGGCGGCGGGUAA